AUGCCUUCACAACAACUGCAAACAACUACGACUGUGCUCGGAAUAAGUGGAAUGACUUGUGGUGCUUGUUCCGCAUCAAUCACAGAAGCCCUAGAAUCAAAACCAGGUGUUAUUUCUGCAUCCAUCAGUUUGGUGACGGAACGAGGGUCUAUUGUCCAUGACUCUUCAAUUAGCCGGAAAGAACUUGUCGAGACUAUAGAAGAUUGUGGGUUCGAUGUCGUUGAAAUUGAAACCGUUGAUACCGAAGCCGAACUAGAGGUCUUGUCAAAAUCCAAGGAUAUUGAAUACUGGAAGAGUAUUUUCAUACAAAGUAUCAUUUUUGGUUUACCAGUCUUGUUCAUGAAUCAUACAAAGAAUUUUGCAAUUUGGAAAAAGACUAUGAUAUUCCCGGGUUUAUACUUACUGUCCUUAUUAGAAUUGGCUUUGGCUACCUAUAUACAGUUGAAACUAGCCAAACCAUUCCUUAAGAAAUUCUCAUCCUUUUUGAGAACUGGCUUCAAAAAUGCCACCAUGGACGUCUUGGUUGCCAUUUCUACAUCCAUUUCGUAUCUUUUUUCAUUUACAUCGAUUUUGGUAAGUAUAAUUUAUGGAACAGAAAGUGGUCCACCAGCUGUUUUAUUUGAUACUCUUGUUAUGAUCAUUUCAUUCGUUGCCUUUGGUAAAUUCUUGGAAAACAAAGCAAAAGGUGCUACUUCAACAGCAUUAUCUAGUUUGUUAUCAUUGACUCCACCAACAUGUACCAUCAUCAGUGAUGUCCCACAGUAUGAGGAAUUUAUGCAACAACAAAAAUUAAACAGCAAAACUCAAGCUGCCCUUCAAGAUUUUGCUACAAAGACAGUAAGCACUGAUUUGCUUAAACCAAAUGAUUACUCUAUUGUUUACCCAGGUGGUAGAAUUCCAGCUGAUGGUGAAAUUGUUUAUGGGGAAACGGAAAUAGAUGAAUCUUUGCUCACUGGUGAACCAUUACCGGUUUACAAGACUGUUAAUGAUCGAGUCAUUGGUGGGUCAAUCAAUGGACCAUUUUUAAUUCAUAUCAAAGUCACCCACACUGGUAAAGACUCUCAAUUGCAACAAAUCAUCAACUUGGUCAAAGAUACCCAAGUAACAAAAGCUCCUGUACAAAGAUUUUCCGAUUUCGUUGCCGCAAGAUUUGUCCCAUGUGUAUUACUUUUAGCUUUGUUUACAUUCAUUGCCUGGAUGGUUGCCUGUUUCACAAUGCAUACUGAAGAGUUACCAAAGAUUUUCCGUGAAGAAGUUAAUGGUAAGUUUUUUGUUUGUUUGAAAUUGGCAAUUUCGGUUGUCGUUGUCGCCUGUCCAUGUGCAUUAGGUUUGGCUGCUCCAACUGCUGUCAUGGUAGGUACUGGUGUUGGUGCCCUUCACGGUAUUUUGAUCAAAGGUGCUGAUAUCCUUGAAAAGGCUACAUCUAUUAACGUGAUUCUUUUUGACAAGACUGGUACAUUAACUACAGGUGAAAUGUCAUUAGUCAACUACAAAUCCUUGUCUAAACUUUCUGAUGCUGAUUGGUGGAAGUUAAUUGGGUCAGUUGAAUGUAAUUCUGAACAUCCAAUUGGGGUUGCAUUAACCAAACUUGCGAAACAAAAAUUGGGUUUAGGUUUUGAUGACGACCAUUUUGAUACAAUUAUUGAUGAAGUUAAUGUUUUGGUUGGAAUGGGUAUUCAAGCCUCAAUCACCUUAAAUGGUGGUAAAACAUACAAUAUUUUCGUUGGUAAUGAGAAGUUGAUGUCUGAAAAACUUCCGGAAAUGUUGAAUGAUUUUGAUGAAAAGUCCAAUUCACAGAAUACUGUAUCCUACGUCAUUAUUAAUGGCGAAUAUGCAGGAUACAUAGAAUUGACAGAUACAGUGAAGCCAUUAUCCAGGGAAGUUGUUAGUUAUUUGAAGAAUGACGGCUAUAUUGUUGGUAUGGUGACGGGUGAUAAUUAUGGUGCAGCUAUGAAAAUUUCUCAAGAAGUUGGUAUUUCACCAGAAAAUGUCUUUUAUGAAGUUUCACCAAUUCACAAGGAUAAGGUUAUCACCGAUUUAAAGGAAAAUCUUGGAGAUGGCGUUUGUGUGGCUUUUGUUGGUGAUGGUAUUAAUGAUGCACCAGCAUUGGCAAAGGCGGAUAUAGGUAUUGCAAUUAGUUCUGGUACUGACAUUGCUAUUGAAAGUGCUGAUAUUGUCUUAAUCAGUGGAAGUAGCAGAGGUGCUGACUUGAAAGGUAUUGUCAAUGCAUUGAAAUUAUCCAACGCCACAUUUUCUAGAAUUAAGUUGAAUUUUAUUUGGGCUAUGGUUUAUAACAUAUUGAUGUUACCAUUUGCUAUGGGUUGCUUUUUACCUUUGAAUAUUAUGUUGCCUCCAAUAGCUGCUGGUGCAGCAAUGAUGUUUAGUUCUUUAAGUGUCGUGUUCAGUUCAUUAUUACUUAAAAGAUGGAGUCCACCAAAGCUUGAAGCUAAGGAAAGUUUUAGCAUUGACUUGGAAACCGGUAAUUUGGGUGAUUCUGUGUUUAGUUUGAAAAACGGCACAUUAAAAGAAUUUAACGAUGUCAAGAGAAAAGCAACUGUCAAUUUUGGGUCAUUAUUUGCCAAGAUGACAUCGAGACGUUCAGGUAGUAGAGGCUCAAAUGGAAACAAUAACCAAUCUUAUGAGUUGGUGUCCAAUAGAGUUUCGUAA